ACUUUGGUGCUUCGCAUUGGGUAGGGCCGGGAAACAAGGUAAAGGGGACAUGCCGGGAAUUGCAGUCCCCUCAGGAAAGUAGCGUCUUGAUCUGUGUGGCGUGGCUGUCUCUCUACUUUGGGAGGGGAUGAAUGGGAAGCGGCCAGCGGAGCCCGGCUCAGCCCGGGUGGGAAAAAAGGGAAAGAAGGAGGUGAUGGCGGAGUUUUCGGACGCUGUUACGGAAGAAACCUUGAAAAAGCAAGUGGCUGAGGCCUGGAGCCGCAGGACGCCGUUCAGUCACGAAGUCAUUGUCAUGGACAUGGACCCUUUUCUUCACUGUGUGAUCCCAAACUUCAUCCAAAGCCAAGACUUCUUGGAAGGGCUUCAGAAGGAACUGAUGAACUUGGACUUCCAUGAGAAGUAUAAUGAUUUAUAUAAGUUCCAGCAGUCUGAUGAUUUGAAGAAGAGAAGAGAGCCUCACAUCUCCGCUUUAAGGAAAAUUCUGUUUGAAGAUUUCCGGUCCUGGCUUUCUGAUAUUUCUAAAAUUGACCUGGAAUCAACCAUUGACAUGUCCUGUGCUAAAUAUGAAUUCACCGAUGCCCUGCUGUGCCAUGAUGAUGAGCUGGAAGGGCGCCGGAUCGCCUUCAUCCUGUACCUGGUUCCUCCCUGGGACAGGAGCCUGGGUGGUACCCUGGACCUGUACAGCAUUGAUGAACACUUUCAGCCGAAGCAGAUUGUCAAGUCUCUUAUCCCUUCGUGGAACAAACUGGUUUUCUUUGAAGUAUCUCCUGUGUCCUUUCACCAGGUGUCUGAAGUCCUGUCUGAAGAAAAGUCACGUUUGUCUAUAAGUGGCUGGUUUCAUGGUCCAUCGUUGACUAGGCCUCCCAACUACUUUGAACCCCCCAUACCUCGGAGCCCUCAUAUCCCACAAGAUCAUGAGAUUUUGUAUGAUUGGAUCAACCCUACUUAUCUGGACAUGGAUUACCAAGUUCAAAUUCAAGAAGAGUUUGAAGAAAGUUCUGAAAUUCUCCUGAAGGAGUUUCUUAAGCCUGAGAAAUUCGCGAAAGUCUGUGAGGCCUUGGAGCGUGGAGAUUUGGAAUGGAGCAGCCAAGGUCCCCCUAACAAAAGGUUUUAUGAGAAAGCUGAGGAGAGUAAGCUUCCUGAGAUAUUGAAGGAGUGCAUGAAGUUAUUUCGCUCUGAGGCACUAUUCUUGCUGCUCUCCAACUUCACAGGCCUGAAGCUUCAUUUCUUGGCCCCUUCGGAAGAAGAUGAGAUGAAUGAUAAAAAAGAGGCAGAAGCCGCUGAUAUCACUGAAGAAGGGACUAGCCAUAGUCCUUCUGAGCCAGAGAAUAAUCAGACAGCCAUCAGUAGCAACAGCCAACAGAGCAAUGAGCAGACAGACCCAGAGCCAGAGGAAAAUGAAACAAAGAAAGAAUCUAGUGUUCCCAUGUGCCAAGGGGAACUGAGGCAUUGGAAGACCGGUCACUACACUUUAAUUCAUGACCAUAGCAAGGCUGAAUUUGCCCUAGACUUAAUUCUGUACUGUGGCUGUGAAGGCUGGGAGCCAGAAUAUGGCGGUUUUACUUCUUACAUUGCCAAAGGUGAAGAUGAAGAGCUGCUAACAGUGAAUCCAGAAAGCAAUUCUUUGGCAUUGGUCUACAGAGAUAGAGAGACUCUGAAAUUUGUCAAGCAUAUUAACCACCGAAGCCUGGAACAAAAGAAAACCUUCCCAAACAGAACAGGUUUCUGGGACUUUUCAUUCAUGUAUUAUGAAUGACAGCACUGGGCAAAGCUGAACAAAAACGUGACCUUUCGUCAUUAUUGGGAAGUCUGGAAGAGCUAAGCAUGGAGUCAAGGAGAGCUACAUGGUAGCUUGCCCAACAGUGUUCUUAAAACUGGUUGUCUUUUACUAGGACUCAUAAUGAUUGUCCUCAACCGAGACCUUGAGCUUGGAGCUACAUACUUAUCUCUUGAUUAAAAAAAAAAAAAAGUUGGUUUUUUUUUUUAACAUUGAGUCCUUCUUUUUCCAUAUUGGCUUCUUCAGUGAAUUUUUAACUUCAGUUUUUUUUUUUAUUGAGGUAAAAUAUUUAUAACAUAAAACUGACCAGCUUACCCAUUUUUAAAUAUGCAAUUCAGUGGAUUAAGUACAUUCUCAUUGUUGUCCAGCCAUCACCAUCAUCCAACUCCAGAACUUUUCCAUCUUCCCAAAUCCUGUGCCCAUUGAACAAUAACUCCCCACCUCCCCUUCCCCUAGCAACAGCCAUACUUUUUGUCUCUAUCAUCAACUUCACCACUCAUAUUUCUCAUAUAAGUGGAAUCAUACAGUAUUUGUCCUUUUGUGACUGCUUUCAUUUAGCAUAAAGUCUUUAAGAUUCAUCCAUGUUUCCAGUGUUUCGGUUUUUUUAGAAAAACUCAUAAGUGAUUGCAGCCGGGCGUGGUGGCUCACACCUGUAAUCCCACCACUUUGGGAGGCCAAGGCAGGCGGAUCACCUGAGGACGGAGUUCAAGACCAGCCUGGCAAACAUGGAGAAACCCUGUCUCUACUAAAAAUACAAAAUUAGCUGGGCGUGGUGGCACAUGCCUGUAAUCCCGGCUACUCAGGAGGCUGGGGCAGGAGAAUUGGUUGAACACGGGAGGCAGAGGUUGCAGUGAGCCGAGAUUGUGCCAUUGUACUCCAGCCUGGGCAACAAGAGUAAAACUCUGUCUCAAAAAAAAAAAAAAGAAAAAAAACAUAGAUGAUUACAGAAUUUUGUUCUUAAUCAUGCUGGUUUAGAAAAUUAUGGAGCCUUACAUCCUGAUCAUGCUGGGCCUUAGAAUUCUGACACAGUGAGUCAUCACAUUUCCUCCCACUGCCUGUGGCCUUGUUCCACCAUGACUCUCACAGUACAGUGUAGGCUUAGUGUAGUAUUACUCCCUUGGAAAGGGUCUGGCCUACCAUCACGUGCCCCAAGAAACUGCUGGUUAGUAAAGAAGAUGGGCUGCUUAUUGCCAUGUGUUGUCACUUCUAAGUGCCCACUGCCUUUCCAUCCUGCAGUUGUGGCCUGUGUAUAAUUAAAUGAUUUUAGCCUCA